AUGUGCCGGUUAUGCGGGACGAUACUCCCCCAUCCACACCAUAAGAAGAGCGGUACAAAUACAAUGAAGCGCCACGCUUCUUCAGAAAAAUGCCGGAAGGGAGCUAAGAGCCCAGCAACUCAACAGACCAUACAAGCGACAAUGAAACAUGCAGCAACUAUCAACUCAUCGCCCCAAACUCCAUUUUCUACCGAUAAGUGGGAACGAGAGCAGAUCGAAUUUAUUACUGCUUUUAAUCUUCCCUUCCGAAGCCUUGCGCGAAGGCAACUCGUAUCCCUUAUUAAGAUGGCCCAAAUGGCGCCAUCUGAACCUCCUUUACUUCAUCCACGGACUGCCCAGCGCCGGCUACAGAAACUAGUCCAGGAAGAGCUUCAUUCAAUUCUCUCUACCCUCCCACUUAACGCAAAGCUCUCUAUCGCACUUGACUGCUGGACAUCACCCUCGAAACACGCUUUUAUGGCAAUCACUGGCUAUUUUAUUGAUCGAAACUGGAACUACCGCGAAAUCCUACUUGGAUUUGAGCCACUUGAUGGACCACAUUCAGGGCUUAAUCUAAGUAAUGUCCUUAUCGAGCUAUUCAAGAAGCAUGAUAUUACUGCCCGGGUUCUCGCAGUCACAUCUGACAAUGCUUCAAAUAAUACCACUCUAGUAAAGGCGGUCCAGGAGUCAAUCGAUUCUCUUCAAUUACCAGGUAACCCAGUUAUUGUUCGCAUCCCUUGUCUCGCCCAUGUGAUCCAGCUUAGCCUUCGUGAGCUACUUGGGUCUGUCAAAGCCGAUCCACAAAACGAUGAGGUAGAUAAAACUAUCUCUGAUGUACAAGCGCAAGCCCGCGCCCUUCGCGCAACCCAAAGCCAGAAAGCGAUUGUUUCAACUCUUGUAAAGAUCCGGGGUCUUGCUGUGUAUAUCAACCACAGCCCUCAACGUCGUGAAACAUUUUUAAGCCUCCAACCUCAAGAGCCAAGGCUUAUUCCAAUACAAGAUGUCCGAACUCGCUGGAAUUCUACCUUUUUGAUGCUUCGUCGUGCGAAACAAUGGCGGCAAAUCGAUUAUCUUCUUUUUAUCACCGAGCCUUUCUAUCGAUUUACCACAGUCCUUUCCAAAACAAAGGAUGUGACUGUGCAUAACGUUUUUCGGGUAUAUAACGCACUUUUUGAUCACUUUGAGAAGUCAAUUGAACGGCUUACACCAAAGAGUAUCCCUUGGAAAGUGGCUAUGCUAAAUGCUCUUCAUGCGGGUAUGAAGAAGCUUUCAGUAUACUACACAAAAACCAAAGAGAUCCAUGGAAGUCUUUACGCUAUUGGCACAAUUCUAGCGCCACAGCAGAAGCUCGGCUUCUUCUCAAGCAAGACAUGGGGUAGAUCCGAAGAUGACACGGACUGGAGCACAUACUACAGGAAUGAACUUCAUGAGUUUAUGAAGCCCUAUGCCCAGCAAAUCUCUCAAGUCCAGCCACAGCAAGCUGAUCAGCUACAAGGGCGAUGUCCUAACUUGAGUGCUCUUGAAGAUUUAUUAGGGUAUGGAUGUCAACACCCAUCUGAAAUAACAAGCUUAGACCGUGAGCUUGGCCAGUAUCUUGACACCCCAAGGAAGCAAGUCAACCCUUUACUUUUUUGGAAAGAGUAUGAACAGGAAUUACCUAUCCUUGCAAGUGUUGCUCGGGAUAUUCUCUCGAUUCCUGCGACUGGUGCAGGGGUUGAGCGUCUUUUUAACUCCGCACGCGACGUCUGCCACUAUCGGCGUGGACAGCUCAAUCCCGCAACAAUUCAGGACAUCAUGAUGUUUCGGUGUAAAUCGAGGUUUGACUUUGAGACUGAGGAGUAUGAAGAAGAUACUCCACUUAUCACAGUACAAGAGGGAGAUGAAAAAAAGGAGGCCGAGCUUACUGGCGAAGAUCCUGAACCUAUCAGUGAGGGUGAGGACUCUUCUGAUGACGAGGAUUUAAAUGAUCCUGUCACGGUCAUUGAGGAUGAGUAUAUGAUGGAAAGCCAGCGGGUUGCCCCUCUUCCUUCUUUACCUACUGUAGUAGUUCCUAUUAUGUCAGUUUCAAUGGGCAAAAGACGACAGCGUAGUGUCUCGGUUGAUUCUGAUGAUGAGACAAGUCCUCAGCUUCCUUGUUAUGAGGAUGAUAGUGGCACUCAGAGGCGCGCUGGGCUACGGGGUACACGGAAGCGAACUAAACCAGAUGAUGAUUAA